GAUUCAAACGUCGCGCUCGACGCGCCCGUCGUCUGCGCCAGGUGCGGCAAGGGGCCCGCGCGGAAGCGCUGCGGCAAGUGCAGGAAGGUCCACUACUGCUCCCAGCUUUGCCAGAUGGGCCACUGGGCGACGCACAAGCACGCGUGCGGCGUCGUGCUCGCCAAGGCGCCGCCGAAGGCGCCGCGGCCGCCGGGCGACGAGAGCGAGAGCGAGGAGGAGGACACGCGGCCCCGGGACAUGUACGGCGAGAUCGACCGGCGGCCUCCGGAGGACACGACGCGGAUGAUCGGGGUGUAA